AGAUCCGUGACCAGGACCACGUGUGAUGAUCUACGUCACCAGCACCCAGCGCCGCCUCACAUUGUCCAUCGGUCUUCUUGCAUCCGUGGGUGAUGUACGUGCUAUGCCAGCACGAUUGCCCGGGUACGCGCCGGACACAAGCUUCGUCAACUUCCACGUGACGGAGAUAACAUGCCCGGCGCCUUGGGACUGCCAGCCCAGAUCCGUGACCAGGACCACGUGUGAUGAUCUACGUCACCAGCACCCAGCGCCGCCUCACAGUGCGCCUAUAAGUAGCCUGCCUCCUCGCAGUGCGUCCAUUGGGCACGGCGGCACCGGCGAAAUGACGGUCACUAACCCGUUUGUCUUCAUCGUGCAGGUAAGAAGACAAUACGAUUACUGUAUACGUUCUGGUGACCCAUUUUUGCUGGUGCUGCCGUGCCCUCGGCUUUGCUGUGCAUUUGCGAGUGUGUUGCUAUUUUUAAGAAAGCUUCUUUUGCUAGCAGGAGAUAUUGAAAGUAAUCCGGGACCUGAUCUAGCACAAAUCGCAAAGCAGUUGAAGGAAGUUGCCGUCGAUAUCAAAGAAAUUAAAGAGGGGCGGCUUGCUGAUAUGGAUAAAAAGUUAGAUGCCCUGUCGCGCCUUGAACCGAAGAUAACUUCAUGCGUAAAACAAAUAGAAGACAUGCAUCUGAUUACCAAAAAUUUGGAAAAACGAAUGGACGACCUGGAAAACCAGAGUAGAAGGUCCAAUAUUAUAGUAUACGGCUUAGCGGAAACAGAACAGGAGAACAGUGAAAAGUUGGAACAAGCUGUAAAUAAAGGCAUUGUUCAGGACAUACUCGGCUUACAGCCUGUGACCAUAGAACGAAUUCAUCGUCUUGGAAAACCGGCCCAGAACAAAACGAGACCAGUAAUGUUGAGGCUACUUGACUCUAGACAGAAAUCAAUAAUAUUGCGGGAGGGACGCAAGCUGAAAAAUACGGGUCUCUCUAUUGGGGAAGAUUUCUGUAAGAGAACACGAGAGAUAAGAAGGUUGCUGUGGAAUAGCGCAAAGGCAAACCGGGAGCAUCAUGACAAAGUGUCUUUGUCAUUGGACAAACUUUACAUAAAUGAUCAAGUAUUCACCUGGGAUGAGGGCAAGGGGGAGAGGGUCCCGCUGAGAAAAAACGCCGAAGCAAAACGUCCAAACACGCGAAGCAAAACACAGCCGAGGAACUAACACUACUAAAUGUAAACGCCAGAAGCAUUUUAAAUAAGACUGAAGCGUUUGAAAACCUACUCCUUGCACAUAACCCUGAUAUAGUAGCGUUAACUGAGACGUGGCUUUCCCCGGCUAUCUCAGAUCACGAAAUAGUGCCUCCAAAUUAUUGCAUCAUUCGAAAAGACCGACCGUCACGUGGUGGUGGUGUGGCGCUGUUGAUAAAGAAAUCCCUUCCAUUCGUACAAUUGCCAGAUGUGAAGGAAGCUGAGGCGGUGUUCUGCAGAAUCAUCUGCAACAGCACUGCCAUAAUUACAGGCUGCGUUUACCGAAGUCCUGACUCGAACGAAGAUUGCGUAAGGAACAUACAUGAGUUUCUGCAGAACCACGCCCCAAGCCUAAGAAUUAUCAUUAUGGGGGACUUUAACUUACCAGACAUUAAUUGGAACACAAAGGAAUAUUCAUCACAUGCUUCCGAAGCGCUGAUUGAUCUGAUGCUAAAUUUUAGUCUGGAACAAGUAGUUAGCCAAACAACGCGCUCACAAGGUACUGCAAACAACAUACUUGACCUAAUACUGCUUAGUGAUCACUUUCAACUAAAUACAUUGCAAACUGGCAUUAUUGAAGGAAUAUCCGACCACGAUAUCCCGAUAUGCCACCUACCAUUAUCAUGUUCUAUUUCGAAAAGGUCCUUUGAAAGCAAAAUCAUUGACUUUGAGAAAUCGAACGACGCUGGCGUUUUGACAUCCCUGGCACAUGAGUUCACAUCAUUUUCAGAAUUUGCUUCUGAUCCGUCGGCAGAUAUAAAUGUCCUCUGGAUAAAGUUUAAGGGCAUAAUACAUGACUGCAUUACCAAAUUUAUACCGUUAAAAACUAGGAAA